AUGAACGCUAUUCGCAGAGCUUCUUUGUCGAAGCCCGAGGAGGCGGGCAAGGCAUGGCCCGCCAUUGCCAUGGGCUUCUUCGUUGCUUUCGGUGGUGUCCUCUUCGGUUAUGAUACCGGCACUAUCAGCGGCAUCCUUGCCAUGCCUUACUGGCAGCGGCUCUUCAGCACCGGAUACAUCGACACCGAUGGCAACCCCAACAUCUCCACGGCGCAGGAGUCUUCCAUCGUUUCCAUCCUAUCUGCCGGAACCUUCUUUGGCGCCCUUUUCUCACCCUUCCUAACUGACUACCUCGGUCGACGCCCUGGCCUUCUCAUCUCGACAUGGGUCUUCAACCUUGGUGUUGUGCUCCAGACUAUCGCCAAAGCAAUUCCCAUCUUCCUUGCCGGCCGUUUCUUUGCUGGAUUUGGCGUUGGUCUCAUCUCUGCCAUGAUCCCCCUCUAUCAAUCUGAGACUGCUCCCAAGUGGAUCCGUGGCGCGAUUGUCGGCGCCUACCAGUGGGCUAUCACUAUUGGUCUUCUCCUCGCUGCCGUCGUUAAUAAUGCUACGGCUAAGCGCAACGACACGGGAUGUUACCGAAUUCCAAUUGCUGUUCAGUUCGCUUGGUCCCUCAUCCUCUUCUUCGGCAUGCUUGUGCUCCCCGAGACACCUCGCUACCUCAUCAAGAGGAGCCGAUACGAAGAUGCUGCCCGCUCCCUGGGUCGCAUUCGCCGCCUAGCCCACGACCACCCUGCCAUCCAGACUGAGCUCGCCGAAAUCAAGGCCAACCAUGACUUCGAGACUAGCAUGGGCAAGGCAUCGUACCUUGAUUGCUUCCGCCCACCCAUUCUGAAGCGCCAACUUACUGGUAUCUUUUUGCAGGCACUUCAGCAAUUAACAGGAAUCAACUUCAUCUUUUACUACGGUACAAAGUACUUCCAGAACUCGGGCGUCUCAAGCGGAUUUGUCAUUUCCAUGAUCACCUCUGCAAUCAACGUUUGCUCCACGGUCCCCGGAAUGUAUGCGAUCGAUAAAUGGGGUCGCCGACCUCUUCUUCUAUAUGGCGCUAUCGGAAUGUGCGUUUCGCAGUUCAUCGUUGCCAUGUGCGGAACCUUCUCGACUGGCCAGCGCGAUACCGGCGAAAUCUAUGUCAAGAACCUCGCCGGGCAGAAGGCCGCCGUGUCAUUCGUUUGCAUCUACAUUUUCUUCUUCGCAUCUACCUGGGGUCCUCUUGCUUGGGUCGUUACUGGCGAGAUUUUCCCCCUGAAGACCCGUGCCAAGUCUCUCAGUAUGACUACCGCCACGAACUGGCUGUUCAACUGGGCUAUCGCCUACUCGACCCCAUAUCUUGUCAACUAUGGUCAUGGUUAUGCCAACCUGCAGUCCAAGAUCUUCUUCAUUUGGUUUGGAUGCUGCUUCCUGUGCAUCGCCUUUGUUUAUUUUAUGAUCUACGAGACCAAGGGCCUCAGCCUGGAGGAGGUUGACCAAUUGUAUGAGGAGGUUUCUGUGGCUCGCAAGUCGGUCAAAUGGAAGCCGUCGACUUCUUGGGAGCGUCGCCAGAGCAUGACCCAGCCGGCUGACAAGACGGCUCAAGAUGGUGAACAUGACAUCACGCACCAGGAGGAGAAGCACUCCGAGAGUGCUUAG